AGAGUCCGGGAGCCAAGCGCACGCGUUCCCCGGGCGACCGUCGGUGCGCAUGGCGGGCAGCUCCGCGAUGGCCCGCGGGGCGGAGGCCGCUCCGCCCCCCUGCUGCGCGGGCCGGCGCCCGCUCCCGGCACGCCUGGCCGCUCUGCUCGCCGGCUCCGCGGCAGCGGCCACGGCCGCCGCCGCGUGGUCGGCGGCGCCGCGCCGGCCGAGCUCGGAGGCAUCGCCGGGCUCGCGCGCCGUCGGGCUCUACGAGGCUAACGCGAAGACCGCGUUCGCAAAGAAGCUUGUGUCCGACGCGCCUAUGGAGUGUGCCUGGUGGCCGCCGGAGGAAGGUUCCAACGGAUCUCCCCAGAGACAAUGUGAACACGGCAACGGCCUGGGGAACGGUUAUGUAUAUUUUUGGAACGCUCGCCGUGGAACCCCUUUUGCCGUUUGUGGCCAGUCUGCGAAUUGCGACUGUUGCAGGAAGAAGGUCUCUCAUGUGGCCUUCGCCGACUCGUGGAGAAAAGCGCGCGAGGGAUCUGGCUGUAGCAACUAUGAAAGCAUCCGCGUCUUCGAGACCGUCCACUCGGGCAGCGCGGACAGUUGCGGAGAGUAUUGCAAGGCGCAUCAAGGUUGUGUGGGCUUCGAGUUCCAGAAGUUGAGCGACCAGCAUUGCCCUCGCAACUCUGGUUCAGGCACCGGCGCGUGCCUACUGUGGUUCGGAGAGUGCAAGGAGGACUCGAACGGCUGCUACGAUCGCUACGAGAUGACGACGUCUGGCGUCGAGGUCGCGGUCGUACGAAAGUUGGAUGACCAUUGGAAGCGAACUGAGCAGAUGGGUUGCGCGAACUGGCAGAGCAUCCAGCUCGGGGGCACCACCACCGCCGCGGAUUCCAGUCAGUGCGCGGCGCUGUGCGACAUGCACGCUUCUUCUUGCAAGGGCUUCGGCUUUAAGACGACAAACACUUGCAGCGACUCGAAUUCUGGCCACAUCGGAGCCUGCGUGCUGUUCGGCGCCGGGAAAUGCAGUUUUCAUGGCAACCGCUGCUGGGACCAUUAUUGGCGCAUGGACUCGAAGCCGACCACCCUGGAGGCCACUGGGCUGAUGCCCAGCUCACCAAGUGCUUCGGCUUCUCUAGCAGCAAACGCAUCGUCGGGAUUCGCAGGAGAUGGAGCCGCACCCGUCGGGGUCACGACCACUGGGACCACAGGGGCCCCGGCGAAGCGAAUGAUCAUGCAGCCCAUUUUUCCCGCGCUCAUAGGCGGGGCGAAUGCCUCGCGACCACCUGCGGACUUUCAGCAGCCCCUGGGGUCGCAGGAGGAACACGAGCCGAAGCCGCCCCCAGAGGACACACGGGGCAACAACGCCACGCACGACGGCCCUGGCGCCGCCACACUGGCGGACGGUCUGAGCGGCUUGCCCGCGGUUUCGCCAGGCGGCGGCACUGUGCACGGCGGAAACGACACCAUCACGCAGGCAGGCGACCUGAGCGUCUUCGCCGCGGACGACAUCGCGGAGAUCGAGGACGUGGGCUCCACGGCAGCGCCCCGCGGCGGCCAGCAGUCUCGCGGGGAGGUGUCCGGGUUUCUGCUGAUCCAGACCAACCAUCCCGGUGACUUCAUCAACGACCCGGUGGUGGGCGCCGCCCUGCUCGAGCUCGUGGCCGACCUGCUGGGCGUCGCGAGUUCGCGCGUGUCCGUCAGCAUGUGGGGGCAGGCCGCGCGGCGCCUGGCGGAGGCGCCGCUCGACGGCUCCGCGCAGACGGACGGUCUGAGCGGCUUCCCUGCGGAUGCGCCGGGCAACGGCACCGCGCGCGGCGGCGGCGACGAAGUCCUGCAGGUAGGUGACCUCAGCAGCCUCGCCGUAAGCGGGGUCGCGGAGAUCGAGGACGCGGCCGCGUCGGCCUCCUCGGCGGGGGCCCUCGGCGAGGAGCGCGGGCCCGUGAUCGUGGCCUUCGUGCUCGACGCUGGCGGGCUCCAGGGCGCUGGCGAGCUGGAGGCGACCCUCGCCGGCCUGGAGGCGGCGCCCGCCACCGACGCGCUGGCGGCCGCCCUGGAGCGCCGGGGGCACCGGGCGCUCGUCAGGCCCUGGGGCGGCGCGCAGAAGCGAGGAGGGUAA